AUGUCCCAAACCUUCUUUCGGCAGCCAAGAUCCCUCAGGGGGGGGACGGGAACCAGACCUGCCGGGUGCCCGUGGCGAAGCUCCGAUCCCGUUCCAGCGCCCUCCGCUCCGUUUGGAGCUCUCGUCGAAGCCAUUUCGACGGAGGACAUGCUCGACGACGAGGCCGACGACGAGGCCGAGCCCUCGCAUUAUCUCGGGAUCAGCGGCACGGAGCUCGUCGCAUCAUACAAUUGGCUCGAUGAGGAUCGUCCCAAGAUUAUCAUUCCCGGAAAGCCUCCGCUGUGGACUCCUCCCGAGACACCCAGCCCGCUUCAGCAGGAUGCCGGGGUCUACUACCGCGACCGUAACGCCGCGUGCUAUCCCGAGCAUCCGAUGGAGCCGGCCGUCGUGUCGGUCAUGAAGAUGCGCCACGCCCCCUGCCCCGUCGACGUUUUCGCGUGCGGCAGCACGCUGGGCAACCUUCUUCGGUUUUCGUGGGGAUCCCGCCAGUCGUUCCGCAUGCUUCUCGAGAUGGUCGGGGGCACUGUCCACCUCAUCCGGAGGGAGGAGUCGCCGAGAGCGCUGAUUCCCGACGUGAGAGGCUACGGCUACUCGUUCCCCGAAGCAUACACCACCUGGGAGCCCGAGGUCAGGAACUCGCUGUCGCACCAGCGCAUCAUCAGGUACGCAUUUGGCGAGCUGUAUCUGAUGGUGCGGUUCGAGGCCGACGGCUACAUUGGCUCGGGCCGCGCGCCGCCCCUCAGCUGCGGCGACACCGACGUCCUCGAGCAUUUCGAGCAAUGGCACGUAGGGGAGAGGCCGAGGGCCCAAGCCAGCGCCUCCUGGGGCGUCCUCAGCGCAGCAGACGCCGGCGCCGCCGUGCCGCAAGACUGCAUCUUCGAGCUCAAGACACGCUCCGUGAAGAAGCAAGGCGACGAGGACACGCUGGGGAAGCAGAUGCCGCGCCUCUGGGUGUCCCAAGUCCCCACCUUUAUUCUCGCCUUUCACGAGCGAGGCCUCUUCACGGACGUCCGCGUCACGGAUGCACGGGAGAAAGUGCGAGACUGGGAAGCCGCGAACCAGGCGGCGCUGGGCCGCUUCCUCGGGCUUCUGAAGCGCAUCAUCGGGACGGCGCAGAGCCAUCGGGGCGAUGAGCUCGAGAUUGUGCGGCAGGAGGGGGGGUCGCUAGAGAUACGCAAGCGAGCCCCUGGCGCGGGGGGGCUUUUCUCCGGUCCGGUGAGAGGACGCUGGGCGGCGUGGCUGGGUGAGGAUGGGGAGGAUGGGGAGGAGGAGGCAGCAGCGUAG